UCAAGCUGUAUCCGGUGUUUGCAACCAGUUACCUGUUUCCAUUGUGAAAGUGAGCAGCUGUUGCUGCUGCAUCCCAUCGUGGAGGGAAGAGACCCAGAAAAAAGAUACGCAGGUGCCGAGAGAGAAUGUGAAAAAGAGCAGAGAAAUGAAACUCCCUUAUCUGAGGAAAAGUGAGGAUUUGCUGAGAAAGGCGGAAUCGGAGCGGGAGAAUAUUGUCUGGGAAUGGAAAGAGCUGCAAAGGUUUCUCCGAGAUCAAGAAGAGCUCUUGUUAAGGCAGUUGGAAGAGCUGGAGAAGGACAUCAUCGUGAGGCGAGAUGAGCACCUUUCAAGACACGGCCACGGCGGAGCCGGCCGGGAGGAAGGAGAAACGGAGCCUCUGUCAAAGAGUCUCAGAAGAGCAACCAAGGGCAGGAAGAAUCAAACAUUUUCUAAAUGGAAGAGAGAUUUUGAAGAGAUGGAGUACAGGUUCUACCGUUUUUCGAGAAAGAGGAUUGAACUAAAAGAGGUUUUAUGCACAUUUAAAGAAUUGCUGAAGCUGGAAUUGGAGGAAGAGGCAGAUGAAUAUGUUUCACCAGGAGCCCAAGAAAAAUCCACAGGGUACUUUCGCUUUCUCCAAUCCUGCAGAAGGACUGGAGGGGGUCUGGCUUUGACUCAGCAGACUCAGCCCGUUUCCUUCGAGGAGGUCUCGGUCUGCUUCUCCAAGGGAGAAUGGUCUCUCUUAGGCCCCAGUCAGAGAGUCUUGUACAAGGAAGUGAUGCAGGAGAAUUAUGAAAAUGUGACCUCUCUCGUUCUCUCGCUUACCGGUUUGGGUCCAAAUUCCUGGAUGGAGGAAGAAGACGAGGCCGUUUUGGGUUUACGCUCUCAACUUUCCGAGAAAGGGGGCAAUCAAGAUGUCAGCAUUGCAGCAUCCCAGGAGCAGGAGAAGAGCAAGGAGAAGGGGAAGAUAGAGAAAGCGAAGGAGAAGACGGAGAAAGAGAAGGAGACGUCAGAGAAGGAGAAGGAGAAGACAGAGAAGGAGAAGGAGAAGGAGAAGAUGGAGAAAGAGAAGGAGAAGUCAGAGAAGGAAAAAGAGAAGGAGAAAGAGGAGAAGAUAGAGAAAGAGAAGGAGAAGAUGGAGGAGAAGAGGCAGACAGAGGAGAUGGCGAAGGAGAAAGAAAAGGAGAAAGAGAAAGAAAACAAUCCCCAUCCAGCAAAUGUUAAGGAAAUUAUAGCUCAAGGUGCCUUGAGAAAAGACAUGGGGCUUCGCCCAGAGGAGCCCACAACAUAUCCUCAACGCAAAUCUGAAAGACAGAGGGAAGCUGGACAAAAGACCAGAGAAGAGGUGUCCGUUCUUUCUCCUACUGAUCGUCAGAAUACCAGCAAAGUCCUCCUUCAGCCAGGAAUCGGCAAAGGAAGGAAACCAAAACCAUGUCCUAAAUGUGGGAAGGAAUUUAAUCAGCACCUCCUCCUCCUGAAACAUAAGCAGAUGCACCAGAGGACCACGCCCUACCAGUGUUCGGACUGCGGGAAGGUCUUCAGCCAGCGCGCCCAUCUUACCAAACACGAGAAAGCGCACAAAAAGGAGAAACUCUUCAGCUGCUCCGACUGCGGGAAAACGUUCCAUCGGAGCUCCCAUUUCUAUUCCCACCAACGGACCCACAGAGGGCUCAAGCCUUUCAAGUGUUCGGGUUGCGGGAAAAGUUACACCCGGAUGCCCGACCUUCGGAGGCACCAGAAAUCCCACACGGGAGAGAAAUCGCACAAAUGUUUCGACUGCGGCAAGAGCUUUGGCUUGUACUCGUCCCUCGUCAAACACGAGAGAACCCACACGGGGGACAAGCCGUACAAGUGCUCCCACUGCCCGAAGAGUUUCUGCCAGAGGACCCACCUCAUCGUUCACAAGAGAACCCACACGAAGGACAGGCCCUUCAAAUGCUUGCUUUGCAAAGCCGGUUUCAUUCAAAAGGCCCACCUGAUCUCGCACCAGAGGUCCCACACGGGAGAAAAACCCUUCCGUUGCCACAGCUGCGGCAAAAGCUUUAAACGCAACUCCACCCGCGUGAAGCACGAGAAAAGACACGAGAAGGAAAGCGCGGAGCCUUCGCUUCCUCUCAAGGCUUCCCCGUCAGCGCUUCCUCUCAACGGUUUGCCUCCUCUCAACGCUUCACCCUCUCAAAGACCAAGCUGGAGGUCCAGAUUGAGAACUGUGGGAAGACUUGGGAAAGCGGCUGCUUAACCCUUUCUUCAGUGGUGAAAUCCAAAUUUUUUUACUACCGGUUCGGUGGGUGUGGCUUGGUGGGCGUGGCAGGGGAAGGAUACUGCCAAAUCUCCAUUCCCACCCCACUCCAGGGGAAGGAUACUGCAAAAUAUCCAUUCCCAUCCCACUUCAGGGGAAGGAUACUGCAAAAUCCCCGUUCCCUCCCUAUGCCUGGGGGGAGGAUACUGCAAAAUCCCCAUUCCCACCCCACUCUGGGGCCAACCAGAGGUGGUAUUUGCCGAUUCUCCGAACUGUUUAAAAUUUCCACUACAGGUUCUCUAGAACCUGCUGGAUUUCACCCCUGCCCUUCUUGAAAAAAAAGAAGAAGGAAAGAAGAACAGCAGGUCUGACUUGGGAAUAUCUUGGGCAGGAUUUCCCAGUUAAUUUUGGGAGACAUGAGAGGAACAGUGGAGAGGCUUCCUGUAAUGUCUGGAAAAGCCACGGUAGAGGAAGGGAAGGGUUAAUUAACCUUUCUUCUCUCCUGGGUCAUUUCCUUGAUCAAAAAUGGUGCUUCUUCCCUGCCACAGAGAUGCAUGGUGGAAAAAGUCCAGGGGCAGGGGUCCUCCUGCCAUUUUUUCCCCCGCCGUGAAUCUCCUGCCAGCUUUGUAGGAUUUAAAUCAUAGAUACGAGUUUGCGGGGGAUCAGUUAGAUGUCUCUGUUCCGAUCUGUUUUGAAGGAUCUUGGGUUGAUUUUGAUGCACAAAGUAUCUCCCAAACAUUGAGCCAUUGGGUGAUCGACUAGAAUCGGGGGAGGGGAGGGAUGAAGGAAGGA